AUGGCCAAGAGCGCACGAGCAAGCACCAGAAAGGCCAACAACAGGCGCCUUGUCAAGAAUGUCUUUGGACCUGCUGAGGCUGCCCGAAAUGAGCGCCUCUCUGCCAAACUCCUGGAAGUGGCCAAGCAGCCCAAACCCGAGUCUUUAGAUGUGAACAUGAACACUCAAGAAGAUGAGACCAACGAAUCCAACGAGGAUGCUCAAGAUGAGACCACAAUGGAUGUGGACUCUGUCAAGAAGCCUUCAAGUGGCCGUAUUGAGAAGAAGCGCCCCGAUAAGCGCAAGCAACAAUCUUGCAAGAUUACCUUCAAGUCUUAUGGCAGUCGAUCAAAGGGAAAGGGCAAGAAGAAGAGUGCUUAA